AUUCCCAACUGUUCCGUCCCGGGGGUCUUCCUGCUGUCAUGAAGGACGUACCGGGGUUCCUACAGCAGAGCCAGAGCUCCGGGCCUGGGCAGCCCGCUGUGUGGCAUCGUCUGGAGGAGCUCUACACGAAGAAGUUGUGGCACCAGCUGACACUUCAGGUGCUUGAUUUUGUGCAAGAUCCGUGCUUUGCCCAAGGAGAUGGUCUCAUUAAGCUUUAUGAAAACUUCAUCAGUGAAUUUGAACACAGGGUGAAUCCUUUGUCCCUGGUAGAAAUCAUUCUUCAUGUAGUUAGACAGAUGACUGAUCCUAAUGUGGCUCUUACUUUUCUGGAAAAGACUCGUGAGAAGGUGAAAAGUAGUGAUGAGGCAGUGAUCCUGUGUAAAACAGCAAUUGGAGCUCUAAAAUUAAACAUCGGGGACCUACAGGUUACAAAGGAAACAAUUGAAGAUGUUGAAGAGAUGCUCAACAGCCUUCCUGGUGUUACAUCAGUGCAUAGUCGUUUCUACGAUCUCUCUAGUAAAUACUAUCAAACAAUCGGAAACCACGCGUCCUACUACAAAGAUGCUCUGCGGUUUUUGGGCUGUGUUGACAUCAAGGAUCUACCAGUGUCUGAGCAGCAGGAAAGAGCCUUCACACUGGGCCUAGCAGGACUUCUCGGCGAGGGAGUUUUUAACUUUGGAGAACUUCUCAUGCACCCUGUACUGGAGUCCCUGCGCAACACUGACCGGCAGUGGCUGAUUGACACCCUCUAUGCCUUCAACAGUGGCAACGUAGAGAGGUUCCAGACUCUGAAGACGGCCUGGGGCCAGCAGCCUGAUUUAGCAGCUAACGAAGCCCAGCUUCUGAGGAAAAUUCAGUUGUUGUGCCUCAUGGAGAUGACUUUUACACGACCUGCCAAUCACAGACAACUCACUUUUGAAGAAAUUGCCAAAAGUGCUAAAAUCACCGUGAAUGAGGUGGAGCUCCUGGUGAUGAAGGCCCUUUCGGUGGGGCUGGUGAAAGGCAGUAUAGACGAGGUGGACAGACGAGUCCACAUGACCUGGGUGCAGCCCCGGGUGUUGGAUUUGCAACAGAUCAAGGGAAUGAAGGACCGCCUGGAGUUCUGGUGCACAGAUGUGAAGAGCAUGGAGAUGCUGGUAGAGCACCAGGCCCAUGACAUCCUCACCUAGGGCCCCCUAGGUCCACCUGUGGUCCCCUUUGACUCACCUGAGAGGCGUUUCUCCAGCCGAUAAAGCUGGCUGUCAGAUGGUCUACAUUGAAUUGGGGUAGGGGUUGGAAUCGUGUCUGUAGGACAGACUUUUCUUGCUAUAAAAACAGAGGACUGUCCCUAAUGGGGGCCAGGCCACAGGCAGAAGCCUCCUUUGUGGGUCUCUCCUGCAGCAGAUGGGGGUCUCUGAGUUUUAGGUCAUAAGGGAGAGAAACUGUGUAUGAGGCGGGAAGUGCCCUCAAGUCUGUGUACUCCGAGGUUGAUCUCCAUUCCCCGUCCACCUCUGCGGACAUCUUUUCCAUUGUGGUGUGAGAAUGUUCCUGUAAUAAACACCUUUGCUUUCUUCUU